AUGGCUGAUGAAAUUGCAUCAGCAAUGGAGCAGGAAAUGGUGGAAGAACAGGCUAUAAAGUGCCCAAGGCCUUCAGCAAAGAGGCAAAGGAAAGGAUCUCCUGACGCCCGAGAAGAAACAGAUAAAGAACGUGUAGACGAUAGUCUUCUGCAAGAUGCACGUAGAAUCAAAGAAAACAUCAGGGUCUACAUGAACGCAACAGACAGGAACGUGAGUGCGAAGGUACAAAAGCACGUUAAUGGGAAAAUGCAGCAGUUAAUAGAUAUAAUGGAGACAAUAUAUGAUAAGAACUAUGAAAAAACGUUUUUAGUACAACGUGUGGUAAAGGACACAUUAGCUUCCUCUGAAAUGUAUGAUAUCAUAGUAAAUGCAUUAGUGGAAAAAGCAGUACCUAUGGUUAUCGAGGGACUCAAGUCGGAAAGUAAAACCAUACAAAGACCACUGUCAGAACCUCAGACAUCUCGGGAGUUUCCAUGCGUUAAAGAACAACCGCUAUUAGCCGAUGCCCACGCUAUUAUUGAGACCACGGAGAAUGAAAGUUUCCAGGAAUGCAGAUCCGCCCUGAUCACGUCACUAAACUGGGCUAAUACCAAGAUAAAUAAACCGAGCAACAGUUAUAAAUAUCGGCAAGAGGGUAACAGGCUAUCUAAACGGAACCGAGGAGUUUCGGAAUAA